AUGGCCGUUCGCGGCCAGGUGCCCAGGCUGUCUCAGCUCAUGGCCCAAGUGCCCACGCCGCCCCAGAAGGCAGAGACUGCUCGUGCGGCUUCUUCCAGGGGGCAGGGUGGCUACAAGGCCGCCGUUCAGGACGCAAUCGCGAGUGGGGUGGCCGGCAAUCGAAUGGAAUCUUUCCAAGGGGGUUCCGGCGGCAAUUGGGGAGAUGGGGAUGACAUCAUUGCUGGGGACUGGGCCGGGAUGCGGAAAGGGGUCAACGAGCGAGAGAGGACGGUGGUUUUGGGCCGCAGGGGGGUGGAGGCGAUGGAUUUCGAGGGAAUGAAGAUUUGGGGAGCUGCGGAUGCGAGGCUGCAGGGAGCAUCCGUGCUGGAGCUGCUGAAUUGGGAGGGGAAGGCGGAGGCUUUUGAGGUGGAGGAUCGCGAGGCGCGGAGUGGUUGGAGAGCAGGGGCCAGGGGUCCCUUGGGCAUGCGCAGUGGGGAUGAAAUUUUCAUCGGGGGCGAGUCAGCACAAGACGGCCGCCUGGCGGAGCUGAGAUGCCUGACAAUCAAGAGCCUUCGUGCUCUCUGCCGACAACAUGGUCUCAUCCUCAAAGGGACGAAAGAAGAGCUGGUUUUACGCAUCUCCCAACACGAGCAGCGCACAGGGCAGGCCUCCAUCCUGAAGCCAGGUUCCACUGCUGCCGAUUUGUUCAAUUGCCUCAGCUGGGAGCUUCCUGCAGAGGUGGCUCUUUGA